AUUUAAUGUAUUUAUAAUGACGAUGCUGACUUAUAUUAAACAUAUCAGUAAGCUCAUCCAUCUUAAAUUAAUCAGCACCUUUCUAAUCCUCAUUUAAUUUUAUACAUAAUUGUCAAGUGCUAAAGCCUCGCAAUCCAAGUCUUCUGUUAACUUAUUAGAUGUUUAUCAUUUAACACGCGAUGAUCGAUUUAGUUAAUUUACUCUCGAAGAUGGAAAGUUUAAUAAAUUAAUGUGAAUGUUUUUGCGCCCGAAACCAUGUAAAAAUGGGCAGCAACUGUAGUCUCUGGGUCAAUAGUUGCUUGUUAUGUUUUGAUUAUUAGAUGAAAAAGGUUAAACCAUAAACAUUAAGAAAUAUGUAAUAAGAAGCUUAGUUCACGCAUCGUGUCAUCAAAACAUACAAUCAUUUAACACUUUAGUUCUGUGUAGAUACAAGGAAAUACAUAACUUUAAAGCUCAGUCUAAUCAAAUUUGCUGAAACUAAUUAGUUUUCAGAAUUUAAAAUGAUAUUGAGGCAGGUUUUUUGCAAAAAGGUUUUUUUUUCACGUGUCACAGACAAUCGCCUCUUUUCAGAUUUAUCAAAUCUGCCUUCAUGUAUAACAGAUCCGAGCCUGUGACAGAUCACAACUCUGCUUUUCUGUGUUUCUCAAUCAGCUGAAUCGGCACAAAAUAUAAAUAAUCUUCUGAUAUGAAGUAAUUUUAAAAAUCACAUUAUAAGCAAUUUUUCAACUUUAUAACUCAAUAAAUUGAAUGAAAUACUUUCAGUAGCUAAAGACGAUCAGAACAGUCACUUCAAUAUUUAAAAAUGAGAUUGAAACAUUCCUUGUUAACUUCGUUAUUAGCUUUUGUAGGAUCAAUCAAUGGUUGGAUCAUUAUUGAUGGAAUUAAAAAUGUUUUAGAAAGUGUAGGCAGUGUUGGAACAAAUGUCAAAGUAUUGUUCUCUCCAAAUCUGUAUACCGCAUACAGCUACAACCUAGAAAAUAUGCAUGACAUUGUUCAUAACGGAGGCUUCGACAGAAAACUUCCAACAGUCAUUUAUAUUCACGGAUAUCUUGGAGAUGGUGAAUUUGAUGAAAGUGUAAUGGCAGUGAGAAAUGCUUAUAGGGAGGAAAAUAAUCAAAAUUUUAUUGCCGUUGAUUGGAGUGCCUUUUCUCAUUUCACAGUCGGAGUACCUUAUUUUAAUAAUAUCAGGAAAUUAAGACAAAUUUGCGAAGAAAUAGCUGUUCAAUUGGACAAAAUUCGUAAUCAAGGCUGUUCAUGCUACAAAAACUUUUAUCUUGUUGGUCAUUCACUUGGUGGGCAAUGUGCUGGUUUAGUUGGGCGACAUUUGAAGAAAAUUUCAAACAAUCAUUUUGUUAUUUCUAAAAUUUAUGCCUUAGAUCCAGCUGGGCCCGAUUUUGAGACCAAAUCAAUAAUUCACUUGCAUAAAAGCUUCGAUUGUAUUUCCAGGAACGAUGCAGACUAUGUUCAAAUUAUUCACACAAACGGAAAUAGAUAUGGAUUGUCAGAAAGUCUUGGACAUGCUGAUUUUUAUCCAAAUGGUGGAAUGAGUCAACCUGGAUGUAAAUCAGAUGUUUGCAGUCACACAUUUGCAUGGAUAUUUUAUCAGCAAAGUAUUAGACUAGAAGGUGGAUUCCUAGCAAGACAAUGCGAUUCUUAUGAUAAUUUUCAAAUGGGAAAUUGUGACUUAAAUGAAAUCAGUUUCAUGGGAUUUUCAAGCAACGGAACUCGUCCAACGGGAACUUAUUUCUUAAGAACCCAUCCAAGUAAAUUUGGACCAGCUUUGCGUGAAGAAGGCUUGAAGAGAACCAUUUCAUACUUAAUAUUAGAAGAUGGAUCGAAACAAACAAAUACUGGAAUCUAUGGUUUCCGUGCACCAGUUUCUAAUGUUACUAAUCUUAAUGAAGGGAAUUCUCCAAAUGAAAUCCCAUUGGAUAGAUAUAACGAAAUGCUUCAUAGACAACAUAUUGAUCAAAAUCGCUUACAAGAUGAAAAUUCCAGUGAAUGAGGUGCUUAUUAAUUUAAAAUUUCCAUAAUAUUGCUGUAACGAUAAUAAAUAUUUUAUUCUGGUUCGAAUGUUUAAAUAAAAAAAGAAUCGAAUAAUUUUUCAUUCUGAUAGCAAACAUUUUGGUUACAUCACAUUAAAUACAUUUUUCUGCUCCUGAUUUAGCUGAAAAUGAACUUUUUAAAAAUAGAAAUAAAAUUGAUGACUUUUCAAAUUAUUAUUGCAAAAACAAUCUAUCGAUGUAAAGGCUGGACAAAUAAAUUUCUAGAUAAGCCUUUAUGAUUUAUAACUCCUUGAACUGAAUGAAAAGCUCCAGUUGCUAAAGUGAAUUAGAACAGUCUCUUCAUUGUAAAAUGAGGAACAAAAACUUAUUGAAACUUUUUUUAAUUUCAAUAUUCAUAAUUGGAAUUAAUGGAGAUAUAUUAGACUAUUUGAAAGGCUGGAAAGAAAGUUUUGGAAGUAUCGGAAAAAAUGUCAAAGUUUUGUUCUCGCCAAAUCUGUACACAGCAUACAGUUACAAAUUGGAAUCAAUGUCAAAUAUUGUUCAUAAUUCAGAAUUUGACCAAAAUCUCCCAACAGUCGUUUAUAUUCAUGGUUAUCUUGAUGAUGGUGAAUUUGAGGAAAGUACAAUGGCAGUAAGAAGUGCAUAUCGGAAGAAGAAUAAACAAAAUUUUAUUGCGAUUGACUGGAGUGUAUUCUCAUAUUUCACGUCAGGCAUCCCUUAUUUAGGAAACAUUAAAAAAUUAAAGCUAAUUUGUGAAGGAAUUGCAGUUCAACUAGAAUUGAUUCGAACUCAAGGCUGUUCAUGCUAUAAAAACUUUUAUCUUGUUGGACAUUCUCUUGGUAGUCAAUGUACUGGUUUAGUUGGACGACAUUUGAGAAAAAUUUCUAACGAGAACUUUAUUAUUCCAAGAAUUUAUGCUUUGGAUCCAGCUAGACCAGAUUUUGAGAAAAGAAUACCUUUUGUUUUUAGCAAACGAUUUGAUGGCAUUUCAAGGAAUGAUGCAGAUUACGUUCAAGUAAUACACACUAAUGGCAAUAGAUAUGGAGUUAAAAGUGCUGUUGGACAUGCUGAUUUUUAUCCAAAUGGUGGAAUGAGUCAACCUGGAUGUAAUGAUGAUUCAUGCAGUCACCAAUAUGCUUGGAUGUUUUUCCAACAAAGUAUCAGAGAGGAAGGUGCUUUUUUGGCCCGAAAAUGCGACUCAUAUGAUAAUUUUCAAAAUGGAAAUUGUGACUCAAAUGAAGUUUCAUACAUGGGAUACUCAAGCAAUGGAACUUCACCAAUGGGAACUUAUUUUUUAAGAACCCAUCCAAGCAAAUUUGGAUCUGCAUUGGGUGAAGAAGGUCUUAAAAGAACCAACUCAUACUUGAUAUUUGAAAAUGGAACCAAAACAUCCGACACUAUGGGAUAUGGUUUACGUCAUUUAAAACCUAAUAAAAUUAAUCUUGAUGACAGAAAUUCUACAAAUGAGAUUCCAUUGGAAAGAUUUAACGAAAUG